AUGGUAGCCUGCUCUAAUUCGAGGCCUAUUGGUACCUCUUCAUCUCUGCCCGUGAUUCAGCCUAAGGUAGCUUUGGUUGCCUCUUCGUCCUUCGCUGUUGAUCUAAACCGCACUCGCGACGGAGAAGUGGGUAACACUGGUCCCUUCGGUGAUGUUGCGAUUGGUGGAGCACCGGAUGGUGUGGAAGAUGCAUUUUAUGAUGAAGAUGAUGAUGAUAUGGACCCCACCACGAUUGCUGAUGAUAGCAAUGAUGAGUUAGCGAGGAGUACUUCAGUUGGGAGUGAUGGAGCGGCUAGUUCAGAAACUCCGCAGUACCCCCUGUGCACAUGGUUGAUUCGUAUUAGUCUCCGCCAGUGCAGAGGUAUUUGGGUGGUAAAACGAUACAAUGGACCACAUACUUGUUUGGCUACUUCGUUAUCCAUUGAUCACAAGAGGCUUGAUUACCAUGUGAUCUCGGCCUUCAUAUUGCCUAUGAUUAGAGUCGAUGUUGCCAUAUCGAUCAAGGUUCUACAGAAUGCGACAGAGACCCAUUUUGGUUUUAGACCGACUUACAAGAGUAUUUGGAUGGCUAAGCAGAAGACCGUGGCUCAAAUUUAUGGAGACUGGAAAGAGUCAUAUAAUGAGUUGCCGCAAUGGCUGCUAGGUGUGCAGAUGAUGAUGCCGGGUAGUGUUGCAGUGUUGAGGACGACUCUUGUGCGACUGGGUGGCUAA